AUGUCGCCCCAACCCACCAAAACCCCCAAACCGCCCCCAAAAACCGUCGCAGACUUCACCGUUCUCCCCCUCACCCUGGCUUCGCUUCCAGGCCUUCCCGACCAAUGCACCACAGCACGCCACUACAUGUACAUCAAACCGCACACGCCCACCGUCCCAACCCCGUCCUCAGACCGCAGCCUCUUCAUCGCCAACCUCCCCAUCGACGCCUCUGAAACUUCUCUGCGCGCCUUGUUCUCCGAGAACUUGGGCGGCUCAAUGGUCGAGCGCGUCGAGUUCGACGCUUCCGUCCCUGCGGAACCGAUGCAUAAGCGGUGGAAGAGCGAGGGUGCCGAUGCUGGUGCUGGGGGUGUGAAGAGUAAGAAGAGGAAGAGGGGGGAUGAUAAGGAUAUCGUGGCGGAAGGGGUGGUGGAGGAUGCGGAGAGUGCGUUACCGCCGCUUUGGAGUAGUGGGAUACGCAGGAGUGGGAGUGCGGGGGUUGUGGUGUUUGUGGAUGGGAAGAGUGCGAGGGGCGCCAUGAGGGGGGUGCAGAAGGUUGUUAAGGAGGGGGUGGAAGUGGUGUGGAAGGGGGAGGAGGGGGGUGUGGGAGUGGAACGCUACAAGUCGCAUAAUAAUCUCAUGUACCCACCGCCUUCCCUUCUUCAGUCAAGCUUAAAUGCUUACCUGUCGCAAUUCAACGCCCUGGAAACGAUGCGGAAUCGACUUCGCAAGACGGCGCGGUCUGUACCCGAUGAAGAUGGUUUCGUGGCUGUUGUCCGUGGAGGGCGUGUUGGGCCUGCUAGGCUGGAAGAGGCAGAGAAGAAGAAGGCUGAGUUAGAUGAGCGCAAGAGGAACCAUCGGGCUACGGAUGAUUUCUAUAGGUUCCAGAAUCGUGAGAGGAGGAAAAAGGCAGAGGGCGAGUUGAAGAGGAGGUUUGAGGAAGAUCGGAAGAGGGUGGAGGGUAUGAGGGAGAGGAGAGGGAAGGUUAGACCUGAGGCAUGA